AUCUCGCGGAGAUUACUUGAUCAUAACUCCGCUGAUUCUUUCAGCACAACAGUUCUUUCCAACAACAUCACUGAUGCACCCACAACAUCAGCCAUAACAGAAACGAGCACUCUUAAUGAGAUGUCAUCAACAAGAGAUACAACAGAGAGCAGCAAUUUUAAUAAGGCAUCAUCGCCAACACAUACAACAGAAAGGAGCACUCUUAAUGAGAUGUCAUCAACAAGACAUUCAACAGAAACCAGCACUCUUAAUGAGAUGUCAUCAUCAAGACGUACAACAGAGAGCAGUACUUUUAAUGAGGCGUCAUCACCAACACAUACAACAGAAAGGAGCACUCUUAAUGAGAUGUCAUCAACAAGACAUUCAACAGAAACCAGCACUCUUAACGAGAUGUCAUCAUCAAGACAUACAACAGAGAGCAGUACUUUUAAUGAGGCGUCAUCACCAACACAUACAACAGAAAGGAGCACUCCUAAUGAGAUGUCAUCAACAAGACAUUCAACAGAAACCAGCACUCUUAAUGAGAUGUCAUCAUCAAGACAUACAACAGAGAGCAGUACUUUUAAUGAGGCGUCAUCACCAACACAUACAACAGAGAGCAGUACUUUUAAUGAGGCGUCAUCACCAACAGAUACAACAGAAAGGAGCACUCUUAAUGAGAUGUCAUCAACAAGACAUUCAACAGAAACCAGCACUCUUAACGAGAUGUCAUCAUCAAGACAUACAACAGAGAGCAGCACUUUUAAUGAGGCGUCAUCACCAACGCAUACAACAGAAAGGAGCACUCUUAAUGAGAUGUCAUCAACAAGACACUCAACAGAAACCAGCACUCUUAACGAGAUGUCAUCAUCAAGACAUACAACAGAGAGCAGCACUUUUAAUGAGGCGUCAUCCCCAACGCAUACAACAGAAACGAGCACUCUGAAUGUGAUAUCACCUCCACCAACUGUAACAGGGAAUGAUACAAUGGCAAUGACAUCAUCUGUACAGAACACCACAGGGAACAGUUCCAAACAUACGACAAAAGGUCAAAUGAAUACCACAGAGGGCAGUACAGUAACAUCACUGACACCAAAUACCACAGAGAGCAGUACCACUGAUGUGACAACUGUUCAAAUGAAUACAACAGAGAGCAGUACAGUAACAUCACUAACACCGAAUACCACAGAUAUCAGUAACGUAACAUCACUGCGACUGAAUACACCAGAUAUCAGAACCGUAACUUCACUGCCACCGAAUACAGCAGAUAUCAGUACUGUAACUUCACAGCCACUGAAUACACCAGAGAGCAGUAACACUGAUGUGACAACUGUUGAAAUGAUUACCACAGAUAUCAGUACCGUAACUUCACUGCCACUGAAUACGCCAGAGAGCAGUAUCACUGAUGUGACAACUGUCGAAAUGAUUACCACAGAGGACAGUACUGUAACAUCACUGACUUCGAAGACUACAGGGAGCAGUAUCACUGAUAUGACAACUGUUCAACUGAAUACCACAGAUAUCAGUACAGUAACAUCACCGACACCGAAUACCACAGAGGACAGUACAGUAACAGCACUGACACCAAAUACUACAGUUAGCAAUAUCACUGAUGUGACAUCUGUUCAAGUGAAUACCACAGAGAACAGUACUGUAACACCACUGACACUGAAUACCACAGCGGACAGUACAGUAACAUCACUGACACCGAAUACCACAGUGAACAGUACCACUGGGGUGACGUCUGUUCCAAUGAAUACCACAGUGAACAGUACCACUGGGGUGACGUCUGUUCCAAUGAAUACCACAGGGAACAGCACUGUCAAUGCAACAUUAAUUCCAGAGAGUCCACCAGCUACGCUAGUGACCUUGAACAUCACGAAUUUGAGUGAAACUGAUGUUGCUGCAUUUGUGUCUGAGCUGGAAAAAAUUUUGCAAUUGGAAGCUAUAGAUGCAGGCAUGGCAACUGAACUCAUUGGCGUGAUAAGCGCCCUCCUCAAUGCCCCCCCUGCUGUUCUUGCUUCAUCUUCCACAAGACUAAUACAAAGUGUAGACACAAUUGGCCUGAAGCUGAAUUUUUCAACUGAAUCAAUAAACAUCACCUCGUCCUCUUUGGCUCUGGCGGUAUCCAAGAUCAAUGCCUCGGACUUCAAUGGAGCAGACUUCACCAUCAGUGACAUCACCAACCUCCAGGUUUCUCUGGAUAAAGCAGCCCCUCCAGAAACAUUUGCAGCAAUUAGACUUCCACCUUCUCUGCUGAGCAACCUGACAUCGGAGAAUCAGGAGCUAGCAUCAAGAGUUCAAUUCACCUUCUAUGAAAGACCAACACUCUUCCAGGAUCCCAGCACGGAGGAAACAUCUGCCUUGAACAGCUACAUCAUCGCAUCCAGUGUUGCAAAUCUUAGCAUUGUUAAUUUGAUGGAUCCAGUCCAAAUCACAUUCAGGAAUAUUGAGCCCACUGAGAAUAAUUCUGAUGUACGGUGUGUGUUCUGGGACUUCAGUAGAAACAAUGGUAGUGGCGGAUGGAAUUCAGAUGGCUGCAGAACAACACUGAAAGCUUCUAAUGAGACAAUCUGUGAAUGUGACCAUCUCACGCACUUCGGCAUCUUGCUGGUUAUUUCCAGAGACAAAAUCGAUGAAAAGAACAACCGGAUCCUCACUUUCAUUACAUAUAUUGGCUGCGGACUUUCCUCAAUUCUGUUGGCUAUAACCCUGGUUACCUAUCUCGCCUUUGAGAAACUCCGCAGGGACUAUCCCUCAAAAAUCCUAAUAAACCUGUGUACUGCCCUAUUAUUUCUCAAUAUGACAUUCCUCAUUGAUUCCUGGAUUUCGGGCUUCAGCAUCAAGGGUCUAUGUAUUGCAGUGGCUGUGUUCCUCCAUUAUUUCCUAUUGGUUUCCUUCACAUGGAUGAGCCUUGAAGCUGUCCACAUGUACCUGGCUCUUGUUAAAGUAUUUAACACAUAUGUGCGCAAGUACAUGUUGAAAUUCUGCAUCAUCGGUUGGGGAACUCCCAGUAUUGUGAUUGCCAUCAUCCUCAUCAUAAGAACAGACAACUAUGGACUUGGGCACUACGACAAGAUCGCCAACACUACCUCUGAUAUGUUCUGUUGGAUCAAGGAUGACAUUGUAUUCUAUGUUGCUGCCGUGGCCUAUUUCUGUGUAAUGUUCCUCCUGAACUUCAGUAUGUUCAUUGUGGUGAUGAUUCAAUUCUGCCGAAUCAAAAACCAGAAGCAACAUCAAAAUGCAGAAAAGAACAUACUGCAAAACAUAAGAAGUGUCACCGGCCUCACCUUCUUACUGGGGAUCACCUGGGGAUUUGCUUUCUUUGCAUGGGCCCCUGUUAACAUUCCAUUUAUGUAUCUAUUUGCCAUCUUCAAUACAUUGCAAGGAACUUUUAUCUUCAUCUUUCACUGCUUGGCCAAAGAAAAUGUUCAGAAACAGUGGAGGAGGUAUCUGUGCUGCGGCAAGCUGAGGUUGGCUGAGAAUUCAGAUUGGAGCAGAACUGCAACAAAUAACACAAAGAAGUUGCAACCCCUGGUCCAGGCCAAGUCCUUGUCCUCAACGUCCAAUAACUCCUUACAGUAUCACUCCUCCUUAUUUCUGGUCCAGGAAUACUCCAGUCACCCCAAUGCCAAUGGUGCUAAGGCUUAAAGAUAUCACCUCACAGUACCUCAAGCACGAAGUUCUGCUGCUGAGACUGAGAUGUGGGCUGAGCUAUAUGCCAAAGAACUUCUGGUCAAUUGUAGUUCUUGAAAUGAGGCUUGGACUGCAAAAUAGACUCCAAACAAGGCAACAUUCAAGCAUCCAUUCCUGAAUGUGGAAAAAGAUUUAUAAAUAGUUUUAUAGGUGACAUGUCAGUAUUUAUCCAACGUAUCAGAGGCUUACCAAAUGGGAUCUUCCUGAAUAUUGUUUGGAACUGUAAGAUACAAUCUCAAUUCUGGAAAGUACAUUGAAUCAUGUUUGAUUGUAGUAGCUUCAGAUUUUUAUGGUUAUGACAGUUUUAUGGAUGAUGCCUGUGAACUAUUUAUAAAGUGUAGAAUGUUGCAGCUUGUGCUAGUUAUAAUGAGAAUUUAUGCACAAGGUAGAAAACUAUGGCUCUUAAUUUUAAUGAUGAAAGGCAAUUAGUUGGUAUUUAUCAUUGUCAUAAGUUCAGUGAAAACUGAUGUUUUAUGAAGAUACUGUUUUCCAUCCUGGCCGCUGCUGAGAUUUGAUACAAUUGCUGGCAGACUGCACAGACUUUUAAAUGUACAUGUAAGGUUGAUACUGCAGUGGAAAGUUUAGGAUGUGUUCAAAUAUGUAUUUUUUUUAUAACUUCAAGUCAGAGUUGAUCAGAGCUAAACUGGCUGUUCUUGAAAAUGUCAUCCAUUUGCUGUUGCCUAGAGUGGAAUCAGGAGGCCUCAGUGAGGUCCAUAAUGAUUCCUUUAUAGUAAUGUUACCAUCUUAGUCCAACAAUGGGGCUAAGAGUUGCCAAAACAAUUAAGAUGCAUCUUUCCCGAAGUCUUUUACCAGUUUCCAUGGUCUGGAUUAUAAGGAAAAUUUGGGUUGAAAAUCCUGCCCUGACCAUGUCAAAGUAUGUCUCCCAUUCUGAAACUUUAAAUUAAGCAGGCUGAACUUGAUAUUUCCACAUUAUCAUAGUGCAGAAGACCAACACAUUGGCUUAUAGUUCUGAUCCAUAAGGUAUGUUGCUUUCAAUGUAAUUGCUGUCAUUCCAUCCACUCCUAAAGUUGCAUAUGCAUGAUGGCUGAAAUAUAUCAGUGUUUGAGUUUACUUCUUCUCAGAGAUUCUCUGAGUUUAAUAUUUAUAUGUUCUACAGCAUAUCAAGCAUAUUUACAAGUGUAGAGGCAACUGAAUGAAAUAGAGCAAUGUUGCACAUUUUAACAAUUACAGCUAGAUUUAUCAGGGAGAAUAAAAUAACUUAAAGAAAAAGAGGAAAUCCUGUUGUCCUUUGAAGUGGAAUGAAUCAGGACUUUGACUGGCAGGUGCAGACACACGUUCAUUCUCAGUUGCUCGUACUGCAGCCACGAUGUUGCCCUGACUGUGUCUUGUAUCAUAUAUGCAAAUUUCAGAAGUGGCUACAUUUACAGCACUACAAAGUUAUGCAUUAAGCACUCAUGGUCAGAUAUCUAACACAAAGUGUGUAAUAGAUAGAUUCUAAUCCUCCUCAUUCACUGGUUUACCAGCAUUGCAAGCCACAUUUGUACCACUGAGCCACCAACAAACACCUUUAAUUAUUAUCAUUCUUGAUUCCAUUAUUAUGGAACAAUGUAAUUCUUUCCUAGUUGUUGUCGCAAAAAAUUCAGGCUA